AGUAGCCAUGUCCACCCUGUACCCAUCUCUGGAGGACCUGAAGGUGGACCAAGUCAUCCAGGCCCAGGCCAGAGCCUUGCCCAGGAUGGCCGCCCUGCCUGCCCAGGAGACAGCUGUGUCCCCACCCUCAGUUUUGUACCCAAACCUGGCGGAAUUGGAGAGCUACAUGGGUCUUUCCCUCUCCAGCCGAGAAGUCCAGCAGAGCCUGCCCCAGAUGCCAGAGGGCGACUGUGAGGCGAUCUCCAGUCUCUUGCCUGGCCAGGUGGUGGCACCGGUGUCCGGGAACAACCUAGGCGUGAAGCGCGCGGAGAUCAAGCCCGGGGUGCGCGAGAUCCACCUGUGCAAGGACGAGCGCGGCAAGACCGGGCUGCGGCUGCGGGCCAUCGACAAGGGGCUCUUCGUGCAGCUGGUCCAGGCCAACACCCCCGCCUCCCUUGUGGGGCUGCGCUUCGGGGACCAGAUCCUGCAGAUCGAUGGGCGGGACUGCGCUGGGUGGAGCACAGAAAAGGCCCACCGGGCGCUGAAGAAGGCCUCGCCGGAGAAGAUCGUCAUGGUCAUUAGGGACAGACCAUUCCAGCGGACGGUCACCAUGCACAAGGACAGCUUGGGCCACGUGGGCUUCUUCAUCAAGAAGGGGAAGGUGGUCUCUGUGGUCAAAGGGAGCUCUGCGGCCCGCAACGGGCUCCUCACCAACCACUAUGUGUGCGAGGUGAACGGGCAGAACGUCAUCGGACUGAAGGACAAAGCAAUCAUGGAGAUUCUGGCCUCAGCGGGAAACGUCAUCACCCUGACCCUCAUUCCCACUGUGAUCUACGAGCACAUGGUCAAAAAGUUGUCCCCGACGCUUCUCCACCACACCAUGGACCACUCCAUCCCAGAUGUCUGAAGCCGCAGGAGGGCAGCUCAGCCAUCCCACCCUCCUGCAGGAAAGGGCAGUGACCUCUUGGAUGACAGGUUGCAGCUGGCUGCCUCCUGGGGUGGGGUCUUGAGGGGAGCAUGUUUCAGGUGGGUGGCACUGGAUGGCGUGAGUCUGUCACUCAUGCACGGAGGUCUCUGGGAGUCUCCCUCCUAACCGGGCCACAGCCCCAGCAGUACCCAAUGCAGCCCAUUCUCUGCACUUAUUUACAUGUUGGGCACGUGGACGGGCCAGCCAGACGACUCUUAGAGUUGUAGCUGAGUCCUUGGACUUUGC